AUGCCUGCCGCAAUUGCUGAUGCCCCAGCCGUCGCCAUGUCAUUUGCCAACAACUUCUGGGGCAAGGACGAUGCUGGCGUCGGUCCCCUUCUCGAGCGAAUGGUGAACUCGAAACAAACCUGCGAUGAGCUCAAAUCCUUCUAUGGCGCACGAGCUGCGAUCGAAGAUGAGUACGCCCGAAAGCUGCUUAACCUUAGCAAGAAAUCCCUAGGCACCCACGAAACCGGAACAUUGAAGGCUUCGCUGGACACAGUCCGCAGCGAGCUCGAGGCCACGGCCAAGCAACAUCAAAGCAUUGCCGCGCAAAUGAAGACGGAGCUCGAAGAGCCACUCGCAGCGUUUGCAGGGGGAAAUAAGGAGCGACGAAAGAUUAUUCAGGGCACGGUCGAGAAGCUGCUUAAAGUGAAGGUCCAGCAGACAAACCAGGUGAACAAGACUCGAGACAAAUACGAACAAGAAUGCUUGAAAAUUAAAGGUUAUCUCGCACAAGGCCACAUGGUCAUGGGCCAAGAAGAACGUCGAAACAAGGCCAAGUUGGAGAAAACGCAAAUCAGCCUCGCAACUUCAAACACGGAAUACGAGAACGCCGUCAAGAUAUUGGAAGAGACAACAGUCCGGUGGAAUCGAGAAUGGAAGGCUGCCGCCGAUAAAUUCCAGGACCUUGAGGAAGAGCGGCUCGACUUUACCAAGAACAGCCUCUGGACAUUUGCCAACAUCGCCUCAACGGUCUGUGUCAGCGAUGACGCAUCUUGCGAAAAGAUUCGACUCUCUCUUGAGAGCAUGGAUGUGGAGACUGACAUUAUCACUUUCAUAACUGAGCGUGGUACAGGCCAAGAAAUCCCCGAGGCUCCCAAGUAUAUCAACUUUGUCCGCGGCGAUGUUCACGAUACCCAGUCUGAGGCUUCCGAAGAUGAACACAACUAUACCGUGGCGCAGUUUCCUCGGAGUAUCAAUCCGGCCUUCCGCUCCUCUUCGCCCCAGCCUUCUACGCCCCCGCCCAAGCCAACUGGUCGCGAGGGUGCGUCGACUCCUCAAAAGAGCCCCCAGAAGUUGCUUCCGGCUGGACGCCCAUCCAUGGACGAGCAGUAUCGUAAGCAGCAACCUCCAAGCAUGGACGAUCGAUAUCGAAAACAGCCACCAGGGGUUGAGGAUCAGUAUCGCCGGCAGCUGCCCCCUGCAGAAGAGCCACAGCAGCAGUCUUAUGGAAGACAGCCACAUGCAGCUGAUGACCAAUAUCGCAGGCAACCACCUGCGGCUGAGGAUCAAUACCGUAGACAGCCACCGACCGCAGACGAGCAGUUCCGCAGGUCCCAAACCGGCUCGUCGCAGCCGCCAUCGCCAUACGACACUCGGCACCAGAGUCCAAAACCAACAACCCCCCACGACCCCUAUCCCAAGGAUGGAAUGACGAUGCUCUGCCGCCCCGGUGCCCCAUCAGCCAGCAGUCCUCAGAUUCAAUCAGCCAGGACCUCUGGUCGGGACUCCCGCAGCGAAUAUUCCGAUCCUACGUCAAUUUCUAGCCAGGACCCUCAAAGCGGCAAAACGUCUCCGGUCAAGCAGGAUCCGCCAGCUUCUGCCAGCCCUGAUAAUCGGAUGCUCAAAAAGAAGAGCGGCUUUUUCCAGAACCACAGUCCAUUUAGACGUAAGAGUACUAAGGAUUUGCAAGCCGCCGCCAAUGGGAACGCAACGCCUAGCAACAGGAACACCUGGCACCCAUCUCAGUCACAGACAUCGACGAGUCCUGUGCGUCGACCUCAGCCCUACAGCGGCAACAGUGAGCCGCAGACUCGCAAUCUGCUGAAAGAGCGGACCGCCAGCCCAGAACCGAUCGAUGCCAAUGCAAGCUUGGCUCUCGGAGUGGGCGAAAAUGUUCUGCCCGUCACAACAGCUGACACCAAUCGACAAAGACCACAGCAGCCAGUUCAGAAGGCUGAGCCGCAAGACCCAAUCGCAGCUGCCCUGGCAGAGCUUAAGAAUGUCAAUGUGGGCAAGCAAGCCUCCGUGAGGAUGUCGGCCGAUCAGUAUCAUGGCAUUUCUACGCCUGUUCCAAGCACUGAGGCUGCCAUGACACGGUCCUUCCCAGCGCCUGGUAGCCAACCUCCGCCUUCGUAUCAGUCACAGGGUCAGGUGACAAGGCUGGGUGUCCCUCCCCCGGCUGUGACGUCUAGGGCAAUGAAGGAGGCUACUCAGAAGAUCGCAAAUCAGGCCAGGAGCGUUUAUGGCGAUGACGGCCGCAGAGGGUCUGUGAGCAGCGCUCACUCACCUAUUUCCCGACCCGGCACUCGAGGCAACGAUGGCUCGGUUUCUCCAGCAACUAAUCGCGGCGCAUCCCCUCAGCCUCAACGGCGCAUGAGCAACGAUCCUCGACAGACGGGUCGCCAUUCAGUGUCACCGAACCCUUAUCAUGAUCAUCGGCGAAACGGCUCUGCAACCAGCUUAUCGCAACAUAACCAGGGGUACUACCGUGGCGCGUCCCCUCACGGUUCGACUCGAGGAUCCACUAGGGGUGCUUCGCCAAACCCAUACCGAGGAGAUUACAACCAUUCUCAGAGUCGUCCACCGAGCAGUUAUGGUGGUGGGUCUGAAAUGGCGGUACAACUGGCUGGUGGUGGUGGCGAUGAUCGAUAUGGCUCAACUCGAAGUCGAAGCUCCGUACGCCCAGGCUCCCGCGCCAUGGGCUUGUACGAGGGAGGACAUCAGCGAAGCAAGAGCGUUGCUGACCCGUCACGGCAAUAUUCUCGAGAUGGUCGACCAAUUCUACAUAUGGCACGCGCAAUGUACAUGUAUCAGGCGGCUAUUCCCGAGGAACUUGGCUUCGCUAAAGGCGACUACCUAGCCGUCUAUCGUCAUCAAGAUGACGGCUGGUGGGAGGCAGAAGUCCACAACGGAAGUGGCCAGGUUGGGCUGGAAACAUUCCAAGAGACCGCGCGCGUCGUCACCUCGAAGCCUGUCCAGAGGGCCGUUGUCAAUGUCGUGUUGCUCGUGUCGGGAGCAGUGACAUUGCUCUGCCUGGCAGCAGUUGCUUCUGUGCUCUUCUUCCAAAACUUUGUCCCGGACCAGUUUGUCACUACGCCGAUUCAUCUCCAAUAUGGGCUGAGCUCCAAUCCAUAUGGCGUUGCUGCGCUUACCGUCCCAAUGCUGAAAUCGCAGCAAGACUACGACAUCUCUGUCACCCUCUCCAUGCCGCGGUCUCUACCAAAUGUCGAGCGAGGGAACUUUAUGAUUAGUUUAUAUCUGUUGGAUUCGAGAUACAGCGAUACAUUGGACGUGAGCGCACGCAAAUUCGCCAAUGACCGUUUGGAUUUUGAGCAGAGCAACGUACUGUUCCGGUCGCGGAGACCUGCCUUGAUCCCCUACGUUGAUCCUGUGGUGUCUUUGGGUUCGCGCAUUCUAUUCCUGCUCUACCACUUGAUAGUCCCGUCAUCACAGACCUGCGUAUUGAAUGUACCGGUGGCAGAACGCGUCACCUUCCCGACAGAUUCUGCUAUACCCUCGACGGCGUAUGUGGAGGUGGAGGCGGGGCAAGGAAUCCAGAUUUACAGCGCCUCUCUUACAAUGACUGCACAGCUCAGCGGACUUCGAUGGCUCAUGUUCCAUUACCGUCUCCUGACCUUCAUCACUUUUACGAUGCUGUUCUGGGUCUGCGAGCUCGGGUUCAUGGUCGUUGCUUGGGCCAUCUUGAGUUCUCUGCUAGGGACUUCGUCAAGCAGCACGGAGCUCAAGAGCCACAGAAAUCAGCGCCGGUCUACCACAGGAGGCAUGACUGACUCUGAUGGGUAUGAUGAGAACGACGAUGGAGAUGACGCAUCUGACUAUCCGCAACAAUUUCCUACUUAUGGAAAACAACCCCCGUUAAAGCAUGAGCCCGACAUCAAGGAUGAAGAGGAGCACAAGCAGCCUCUUCAUGAGAUACCUAUUGCUGGGGAAGAGGCUGAUGAUGAGGAAGAAGAGGGCGAGCCUCGAGACUCGGGCAUUGGUACGAGCUAUAGCGGAGAGGGGAGUAGCAGUGUUCGGAAAAGGUCGAUACGAUCAAGCCCAGAGAGGUAA